GAGCAAAGGAUUCUCAGAAAGCUCAAAAACCUCACAGCAACACAAGGGAGCAGGUCGCAGAUGGUCGCAGGUAGCACUCCCAGCCCCUCCCAGCCCCCUCCCAAAAGAAGAAACACCACUGCUUGCGGCUUGCCAUGGGACUUCUCGUGGGGUUCUACCCACCGAACCUCUAUUUUCUGGGCAGCUUGCUGUACCUCCUCGGAAGCAUUUGCUACACACUGGCCGCCUUUUUGGUGGACGUCGUAGACCUCGUCCAUGUGGGAAACAUUUGCUUCAUUUGUGGCAGCAUCCUCUUCGUGAUCGAUGGACGCAACAACGCGAUGGCUUCCGCCACAGCACUGAACAGCGCGAGCACGUCCUCCGCUAAAGUGGCACCAGUGGUUGCUCAGUGCCCCGAGGCCACAACCUCGAGGGAUUGGGUAAUUGGUCUUCCUGAGCUUGAUGGUGCAAAAGUGGUGGCUCCUGAGACCACCCACUACCCAGCCAUCCCAGAAAGCCCAGUCCGUCUUCAUGAGCAUGCUUCCUAGAAAGAGUUUGGUGCCAACAGAUGAAGGGCCAUUCAGAAGGACCGUUCAGGUCCUAUCUUGAGAUUUCUCAGCUUACGCUUUUAACUGAACUUGGUUCACAUGUGACUCUGGCUCGAUUUGAGUCCGUUCUUGGAGGAUUCCAAGCUAUGCAAGCGCGGUUUCUUUUUUUCAAGCGCUGCAUCGUUCUACCGGCCGCUGUGACCGGUCGAGUCUUUCGCCGGUGGCGACCGACCAAUUGGUGGCGUCGAUGAGGUCGGCAGGUCUGACUGGUGAGCGAGCUAAUCAAUAAACACAUACCAGGAC